UACCAUGACUUCCUACAAAACUUUACAAAUUUUAAUAGAAUCACCAAAGUGCCUGGGUUUAAGCACUUUGGUUCAUGCAUUCAUCAGAUAAAUUUUCCAAGCAAACUGUUCAUGGCGUCAUCUGAAGAGGAUGGUGAAAUUGUUCCUGAAUGCAUAAACGAUUACCUUUUCUACGACUGCAAUAGUGUACCCGUUUCAUUUGCUCUUUUGCCUCUCAAGAGAUGUUCCAGUGGGAUUUCUGACUCAUCAAGCACGCCUUUAUUCGUGUGUGGAGUUGGAGAUGAAGGGAUCCAGAAAGUUUAUAAGAAGGUAGUGGCAUGGAAAUUUGAGUUCUCCUAUUUCCUACCAGAAAUUUAUGUUCUACUUCCCAAAGACAAUAUUUGGAUAAAGCUAUUGAGACCUAAGAAGAGCUACGAGGAGAUCAUCAAACCUGCCUUGACUGUUGUCCAUUGCCUGAACUAUGUGAAAUUUAACCCUCUGGAAACCAGAGAAGUUGUAUGGAAUCACAUUCAGAAAACCUUAAGUGCAUAUGAGGUUUUACCUUGUGAAGACGACCUAUUGAAACACUUAUCAGUACUCAGAGACACUGCUCUUAGAGACAAAGAUGUAUCAAAGUCUGAGUACUUGGCUGGAUUUCUCAGGGAGACAUGUAUGGACAAUACAAGUGCUUGUGAGGUGUACAAAACAUAUAAGAAACGCAAAUUUAUUAUUGAUGAGGACGACGAUAGUGAUGAUGAUUACAAUGAUGAUGAUGAUGAUGAUGGUGAUGGUGAUGAUAACGAAGAAGAAGAUGGAAUCUUCGAUCAUGUCUGUGCACUUUGUGAUAAUGGGGGUGAACUUUUGUGUUGUGAAGGAAGAUGCAUACGAUCCUUCCAUCCGACUAUAGAAUCUGGUGUGGAUUCCUUUUGUCAAUCUCUUGGCUAUACUAGUCGCAAAGUAGAAGCAAUUCAGAGAUUUGUUUGCAAGAAUUGUCAAUAUGGGCGUCACCAAUGCUUUGCAUGUGGGUUAUUAGGUUUUUCUGAGAAAUUUUCUGGGGCAGCUGAGGUCUUUCCAUGCGUAUCUGCAACCUGUGGUCAUUUCUUUCAUCCAAAGUGUGUCUCUGGGCUAGUAUAUCCAUCUGAUGGUACUCAAGCCAAGAAACUUGAAAAAUAUAUUGCAGAUGGAGAAGCAUUUACAUGUCCUGCUCAUAAAUGUGUUAUAUGCAAGCAAGGAGAAGAUAAAAAGGUCUAUGAUUUGCAAUUUGCUGUUUGCCGACGCUGUCCCAAGGCAUAUCAUAGGAAAUGUUUGCCCAGGAACAUUACUUUUCAUGAGAGUGAUGGCCAAAAAGGUAUUCAACAAAGGGCAUGGGAUGGACUUUUGCCUGGUCGUGUCUUGAUAUAUUGCAUGGAACACAAGAUGAUUCCUUCAAUAGGUACUCCAAGAAGAGAUCAUAUCUUGUUUCCAUUUGAAGACCCAAAGGAAAAGAAGAUUUCUGGGAAUCUACCGGGCAAAGAGCCUGUAUUCUCUCAGUGGAGAAGUAACAUGUAUGGACAUUUGAAAAUUAUCUUGGAAGGUGAGCGGGAAAGACCUGUCCAAAGGUCUUUUGGCGACGAAAUGAUAAAAAACAGCAACCCACAAAAAGUAGCUCCAAUGCUGCCAUCAAGGCCAGCAUCCCUUCACUUACCAAAAAUAACAAUCAAGCAUCCUGCUGUGGACAAAGGCAAGUUUAGAGAAGCAGUAAAUAUUAGGUUCGUUCCAAAGGAACAAAAUGUUGUGAAAAAAGAAAUGGCAGUGAAGGGCAAUAGAGAAUGGCAUUCGCGGGUUGAGACAAAGAAGAGGAUACUUGCACUUGUAGAAAGUGUCGAUUCUUCCUUUGAUGAGCAUAGUUUUAUCAUGGAGCAUAAAAAGAAGAGCAUCCUUACUUUUUCAUCGAGAUUUGAUGAUGCAAAGACCAUUACUGAAGCAAAGGUGGAGCGUGCUGUAAAGGCUGUUCAAGCAGCCUUGAAGAAAUUAGAAGAAGGGCAGAAUAUAGAGGAUGCAAAGGCUAUUUGUGAACCUGGGAUUGUCAAACAUAUCUUCAAAUGGAAGAAGAACAUAGGUUCUUACAUCUCUCCUUUUCUCAAUGGUGUGAGAUAUACAUCUUUUGGCCGCCACUUCACAAAACUUGACAAACUAAAAGAGAUUGUUAAUAGGCUUCGGUGGUAUGUACAAGAUGGUGACAUGAUUGUCGACUUCUGCUGUGGUUCAAAUGAUUUCAGCUGCCUAAUGAAAGAGGAGCUUCAAAAAAUGGGGAAAGUCUGUCAAUUUAAAAACUUUGAUCUCAUACAACCCCAGAAUGAUUUCAACUUUGAGAAGAGGAAUUGGUUGAGUAUUAAAGUUGGGGAAUUACCUGAAGGGUCUAAUCUGGUCAUGGGGCUAAAUCCCCCCUUUGCCAAUGCCUAUGAAUUUCUGAACCAAGCUCUUAAGUUCAGACCAAAGCUUCUUAUUGUUACAGUCCCUAAGCAAACCAAAAGGCUUGAUGAAAGGCAGGAUCCAUAUGAUAUUAUUUGGGAGGAUGAAGAAAUACUGGCUGGAAAGUCAUUUUACCUGCCGGGGUCAGUGAAUGUGCAUGAUGAGCUGAUAGAGCAAUGGAACAAUGAGUCACCACCAUUGUAUCUAUGGAGUCGCCCUGAUUGGACAGUUGUACACAAGGCGGUAGCUCUUAGACACGGACAUAUUAGGAUGGAACCAGAACAACGCGUGAAUGAAGUGGCGGGACCCGGUUUUUCCAAUGUCACAUGUGGCUAUGGUGUUGUGAAUAGCAGUCCUGUUGGCUUCCUGGAGCCUUUUUAUGACUCUGAGCCUGGAAGAAUUGGGACGGUGUUUGGAUUUCUGCAACAAGGAAACUUUGACAACAUCAUGCACCAAUACCCACAGGACAUGGAAAUGUCUACUCCAUAACAUCCUUAACGAAGUGGCCAAUACCCACGGACAUAUUAGGAUGGAACCAGAACAAUGGUGAAUGAAGUUGCGGGGUCCAGUUUUUCCAAUGUCAUGUGGUUAUAGUGGUGUGAACCAGUGGAGGAGCUAGGGGGGGCAAGGGGGG